CGGUGACAACUACUCGUGCGCCACAGACUUCGCCAAGUACAUUAUUAACGCGGCAAAGGUGGGCGAAAUAUUCCCAUUUGGCGAUAUUGGUGCUCCUCAGUACAUGCCGCCUGAUUCAGUCAAUGUCAAUUCCAAGGAAUUCAUAUCAUGGCUGGUGGAAUACCAUGACGGUAGACCGGCCUGGGCAGAUAGGCGGUACACCACAGUACCGUUCCACGACAAUGUCGACAUCUACGGGAUGGAGCCAGAAGCUGGAUCUCACAUGGAGGUACUGCCGACCGAUGACACCAUGGAAAAGGUGAUAGCCGCGAUCGAGAAAAGGGCGACAAUGUUGUUCACGGCGCAAUCGCGCAAGGUCGCACCGAGAGCCGACAUGGCGAACGUGUCUGCCGCUGCAGCAGCGACGUCCGACGGUCCAGGCACUACCGGCAAGCCUCUGUGGGAUGCAAUCAUCCAGAGCGUUCUGCAACAUUCGACGAUACACAACCAAAAUGAACACAUAGUCAGUGUCUUCGGGAAAGUUCGGUUGCAAUGCCCUGACUUCUUUAACGCGUGCGAGGAGCAUCAGAAGGCUGUGGUAGUCGGCAUUAGAGACGGAUCGGACACAUUGCCAGCAAACGAGACGAUACUCGGCAGUGAUCAGGUCGUCGACUACGAGCUAAUGCUCAUCCCACGUGAGCCCGAGCAGAAGGAGGAUGAAUUCCACCUAGUCGAAUCGUUCUAUGACGCCGACGAGUGGUACACAACGGCGAAGGGACGGAUCGCUGCUCGAGAGUGGGUGGCGAAAAAGAUGCGUCUGGCACGGUCUCCGCGAAUCACAGCAGAGUGCUGUAAAAGGAGAGCAAUCGAAUACCUGGUAGCGCGACGAUUACACACGACCACUUUGCCAGACGUAUGGUGUUCUUCGUUAUUUGAUUGGAGCAUGACCAAGUACACAGAGAAGGAUUCCUGCGCGGUGCUGGAGAUCCCAUUCCGGCUGCCUGAUUGGGUCAAUGAUCUCAUGGCAGCGGAACGGUGGGAAUCCUGCUCGCACGCGACGGGCGUCUGCAAGCUCUAUGCGAUUCUAAACGCAGGCUUUUUCCUCCCUUCCAAGCUAAGGUGGGGCAUGAGGGCAAAAUCAGACAAGAAAGCAGAAGAUAAAGCCCCCGCCGAGGGCGUAUAUGCUUUCCAUGAAAGCGAUACGGUUCACUACCUACACCAGGGCUACAGCCACGGUGCGGAGCACUGGGGCGAUGGCAACAUCGUUGCCGUGGACUUCAAGCUCGCUACCCCACCGGCUGCACGAGGAGGUUUCCGCCCAGUCGACACGGAAUCAAAGGGGCGAAAGCAAUUUGUGUGCAGCGCGCCAGAGCUGCUUGUCAAACAGUCGAUGCGGCUGUAUUUCAUGACACCAUGUCAGGCCAAUCAGCAACAAGUAUGGGUCUUCAACUCGGAGUAUUCUCGCCAAUUCGAGGUUCAUUUCAAGGCGCUAGUAGAUCCCACUCCCGUCUUGGACCGGGUGUAG